AUGCCACCAAAGCGUACAGUUACCAAAAAAACCCCAGCUCCACCAGCUCCAAAAAAAGAAGAACCAAAAGCCGAACCAGCAGCGGCAGCUGCACCACCUCCACCGCCGGAACCAGUAAAGCCAAAGAUUGCGCCACAUGUACCAAAUAAGAAGAAGACUGGCAAAGAUGCAGCAGCAAUUUUUGAUCAAAAAUUGUUGCAGUCAUUCAAAGAUGCAUUUGAAGUUAUGGACGACAACAAAGACGGCAUUGUAGACAAGAAAGAUUUGAAAAAUAUGUUUGGUUCAGUUGGACAAGCAAUCACCGACGAGGAAAUUGAUGAUAUGCUAAAAGAGUUUGAUGGACCAAUUAAUUUUGAAAAUUUUGUAGUUAUGUUUGGUGAACGUUACUCUUGUCGUGACACGGAAGAAGAAAUAUUGGCCGGAUUUCGAAAAUUCGAUCCAGAAAAUACUGGAAAAAUUCCAGUGGAGAAAUUAAAUUACUUGCUCGCAAAUCCAAAAGUUUAUCCGUUGACGGAAAGAGAACUGCGACACGCUAGCAAAGUAAAAUUACCAGCUAUUGGUGGAAUGCUGGAUUAUCGAAAAUAUACGCACAUGUUGCUUAAAGAGCCUAUGGAUUUACUACUGAAGGCGUAG